AUGGCUUCGCAAGAACACGGGAGCCAUGAGGAUACAGUUGUGGCUUUCGGACUAUCAACCCUUUCGGAGACGUGUCCCUUAGCUUCUACUUCGGCCACGACUCUAGGCCCUAUUCCAUUUCCAAAGUCCGCUUCUGAACUGCUUCAGGGUCUGGUCAGACAGACACAACUGCUGGCAUGUCUCCAGUGGCUCGGCAAGUUUCAGAUCCUGGCGUACGUCCCGUUGACGGAUACCCUGGCCUACAACGACCUGGCCGACCUGGCCGGCGUGCCUCCGUCGCAGAUCCGGCGGAUCGUUCGGAUGGCCGCGACAGUCGGUAUCCUCUGCGAGCCCCAGCCCGGUCACGUGGCACACACUCCCCUGUCGGCCCAGAUAUACAAGAAGCCUUCAUACUUGGAUGCCGUACGGUUCACUGCUGAGACUGUGGUCCCUACCUCGUUGCGCAUGGCAGACGCCACUCGACGAAAGAUGCAACAUCACCAGGAAGAUGCCAAUCCGUUCAGGAUCGCCACGGACUCCUCGCUUUCCCUGGCGUCCGCGUGCGAGAGAGAUCACAAGCUCCAUCGCAGAGCUAUCACCUUUCGACGGUUGACAUCAGUCAACAGAACGAGUGCCGUGCUUGAAAUGCUUUCCUCCGUGAACCUUGAGGAACUUGGACAGACCGUAGUCGACGUAAACUCCACUUCGACGGCGAUCGCGAAAUCUCUCCGCUGUCGCAACCCAUCCCUUCAUUUCGUGGUCCAGAUGCACGAAGGCACCAAGCAGAAGACCGAGUCAGCGUGCUCGUCACGACGAUUCGAAACCUCAGGUUGGCUUGAGAUCCAAAACCGUGCUCACGGGACGACGCAAAACGAGACCAACGCCGCGGUCUACCUGCUCCACGUCCCCGACCCUUUCUUCUACGCGUCCUCCGGCGCACACGCCGAGGUCUGCGUGGCCGAGCUCCGCGCCCACUUCGACAUGCUACGCACCAACGAGACGGCCACCGUGAUACUCAUCGCAGACGUCGUCCCGGAGCGUAGCGGCGGCGACGGCUCCCCGGACGGGCCGGCGGCGGCUCGGGCUCGGUUGAACGACCUGCUGCUGCUCCAGGCGGGACACGACGUCGUCUUUGACGUGAAGCGGCUCAGGGCGCUUUUGGAGUUUGCCCGCGAGGGCUCGGACAGGGUUACGGUGGUCAAACAGCUUUCGUCGGCGAGCCAUUCGUCGGUUGCCUUUGUGUUGCGGUCCCGGAGUCUUUCGAGUUCAGGGCCAUUUCCGUGGGGACAUGAAUCAUAUCGAGUUUCUGUGCGCAAUGAGACUACAUCUAUAGGAUAG